AUGGCCAAGAAAAGACAGUCUUUGAAGAAUGCCAGAAGUGGGUCUUCUACAGAUAAAACCAAAAGGACAAGUGGUGGUGGAGUUGCAAAGAAGCCAAAGUCAAAUCAUUCUCUGAACCCAGAUAGAAAGGUUGAAAAUGCUGGUGUUGGUACUCGAAUGAGGUCUAAAGCUACGAUUAACAGACUCCGGAUGUACAAAAACUUCAAAGCUGUUAGGUACUUUAUUUUAACAAAAAUUUAAAAAUAUAUUUAUAUUAAUAGGUGACUUUGCUGAUAAUAGUUUUACCUAAUUUGGAUAUUAUUUUUAGGGAUUCUAAAGGACACAUUAUCAAAGCGGCACCAUUCCAAGGAUGGUUGAAUGCUGGAACCGUGGCUAGAGUGGAGCCUAACAGAAAAUGGUUUGGUAAGUUGGUAUUUUUUACUUCUUAUUUUUUAAUUUUAGGUAACACUAAGGUAAUUGGACAAAAACAACUUCAGAAGUUCCAAGAAAACAUGGGAAAAGUUAUGAAAGAUCCAUUCCAAGUUGUCAUGAGGCAGACUAGAUUACCAAUUUCUCUGCUUCAGGAAAAGGCCAAGGUAAUUUAAUUUUCUAAUUUAUUUGAAUGUGUUAAUAAGCUUCCUAUUUUAAUAUUUCUUUUCUUAUUUAACAAAAUUAAUUUUCAGCAAAGCCGUGUUCAUGUUGUUGACACAGAGAGCUUUGAGCAUACCUUUGGCAAGAACUCUCGCCGAAAACAAGCCAAUAUCAACGCAAAAGAUCUGAGUGAGCUUGUGGAAGAUGCUGAGUCAAGAUCUGAUGGCUACAAGGUUGAAGCUGACAAGUCUCUCUUAGCCAAUCAGGAAUUAGACGACAGACAAGUCAACCAGAACCCUUUGUUCAGAGCUGGACAAUCUAACAGAGUUUGGGGAGAAUUGUACAAAGUUUUAGAUUCAUCUGAUGUUGUAGUAGAAGUUAUUGAUGCGCGCGAUCCGGAAGGCACUAGAUGCAAGCACGUUGAAGAGUUUUUGCGGAAGGAGAAGCCACACAAACAUCUGAUAUUGGUUUUGAACAAAGUUGACUUGGUACCUACUUGGGUUACGGUAAGACAUAAUAAAAUCGUUUGUUGAAUUUUAUUUGUCGUCAGCAUCUACAUUAUUAAUAUUCUAUUUUAGAAAAAAUGGAUUCACAUUUUGUCGAAAGAGCUCCCAACGAUAGCUUUCCACGCUUCCAUUCAACACAGUUUUGGUAAAGGAUCUUUGAUUAACGUACUGAGACAGUUCAGACAGCUUCACAAAGACAGACAACAGGUGGGUACUAUAAAUAAGUAAAACAGUUGAAAGUAUACGUGUUUAUAGUUCAUAAUAUAAGUUUUGUUUUAGAUAAGUGUUGGGUUUGUUGGGUAUCCCAACGUUGGAAAGUCGUCUGUAGUUAAUACAUUGAGGAAGAAGAAGGUCUGCAAAGCUGCUCCGCUGGCUGGAGAAACAAAAGUAUGGCAAUAUGUGACAUUGAUGAGGAAGAUUUUCUUGAUCGACUGUCCUGGAGUGGUGUAUCCGCAAGGUGACACAGAGACCCAGACCAUUCUGAAGGGUGUGGUAAGUAAAACAAUCUAUUAAUCAUCUGUUUGAUAGGUCCGAGUAGAGAACGUUACUGACCCAGAGAACCACGUUCAAGGAGUCUUGGACAGAGUAAAGCCAGAACAUCUUAGAAAGCACUACAACUUGUACAAGGAUGGAGCUGACGAGGAGUGGGAGAAUGCCGAGGACUUUCUCACCAAAAUUGCCAUUAACUCUGGUCGAUUGUUGAAACACGGAGAACCUGACAUCAACACUGUAGCCAAAAUGGUACUAAACGACUUCCAACGAGGAAAACUGCCGUACUACGUCCUUCCUCCGGGCUUUAUGGAAACCGAGAAAGGAGAUGAUGACGAGGCAAGUGCAUUUUUGACUCUUAAAUAGUAUAUUUUUUAACAUAAAGUAUAUUCUGUUAUUCCAGGCUCCAAUCAAUGAAGUAGAAGAUGAGAAAGCUGUUGUCACUGACGGUGAGUCAGUAAAAGGCGACUCUGAGGAUGAAAAAGACGAUGAUGAGGCUAAGGAAGAAGCUGAAGUGAAAGAAGAAGAGGAGGAAGAAGAUUACACAGAUCUAGAAUCAAACUGCUCUGGACUGUCAGAUCUAUCUGGCUUGUCAGAUUUGGAACAAGAUUUGGAGUCAGAAGAGGAAGAACCAGUGAAGAAACCAGAACCCGUAUGUUUUAAUGCGUUUUAUAUGUUUCAAAGUGUGUUUUUGUAAGGAAUGAAUACUUCAAAAGGUGUUUUAUUACGUAUCUAUUGCAGGUAAAAGAAGCUAAACGAGGGCGUGGUACCCGAGCUGGAAAGAAGAUUCAGGAAAAGAAGAAGAGAAUCGAGAAGCUGAAGAAGAAACAGCUGGUGACUUCAGUGGUUAACGAUACCGGUGUAAGUUUCUUUCACAGAUUUUAUUCGAACUUUUAAAAACGUUCUACGAGGUAUAAUAUCUUAUUUACAGGACAGCAAGAUCGUUGACUUCACUCGAGAUCGUGCACGGAAUAUGUGGUUCAAGAAGUUGCAGAAGCGCAGAAAGGCGAAGCACCAAGUCUAA